AUGGUGGUGGAGGCCGCCAAGAGCAGCAAGGCGCACUUCCUCGCGCUGCCCCGCGACGCCACCGUCGCCGAGCUCGAGGCGGCCGUGCGCGCCGCCCUCAGCAUCAGCGCCACGAAGAUGUCGCUCGCCGUCGACGGCUGCACACCAGCCGCCUCCGCCACCGUGGGCGACCUCAGCGACGCCUGCAAGCAGGCCGACGGCUUCCUGUACGUGGCGGUGCGCGCGGAGAAGGCGAUGGGCGCUCUCGCGGCUCCCUGCUUCGCAAGCGACACCGUUUAA